GUGAAUCAGCUCGACACUAUGACAUAAUACUUAUUUUAAUGUUAUCUAAAGAAUAACAUGCAUUUCGCUAGUCCGCUGCAUAAACACGGAGAAGCUUAUAUUACACUGCACGCGGCAGUUAGCAAAGAUGUGCCACCCAGGCUGAAGAUAAUCCGUGUGUUGUAGAGAGUGUAGAGAUAGUGUUGGCUGUGGUAACGUAGCACAUUGGGGGCUCUGCACGAUGCACGCGAGUAGAGUAGUAUGCUGUGUGGAGAAAGAACGGUGAGCGGAAAGAUUGAAGGCAGCCGGUGAAAUGAAAAGGUGAGCAAGUCUUGCUUGUUGUGGUAGUCAGGCUGAGAAGCUACAUGUACUAAAGGUCGAGCCGCCGGCUGGUCGCUUUUGGCAGGCUCGAAGGAAGGACCCUCGCCUGUACAUGCUGGUGGCUGGUGGUUCCGCCUUCGUCCUCUUCUUGCUCUGGUCGCUUGUACGGUGUAUUUGGUGACGCCAAGAAGAAGAUGUGAUCGCCCCCACCACCAGGUGACAAAUAAGGAGAUCAUCCACCCUACGACCAAGUACAAGUUGGCCAAAACUGCUUUUUGCCAUGAUGUGGCAAAAAAGCCCGGAUCUUUUGUGCAUAUAGGCCCAUAAUAGGCACAUCGUUAAUCUAACGAACAUUUCGCCACCAAGAGACAUUAUGUGCUGUCAUAAUUUGCUUACUGGCAACUUUUCGUUGAAUUUAUGAUGGUCAGAUUACUGAUUUUAUGACGGUAAGGUGCACGAUAGUUUGUACUAUGCUGGAUUGCACAGAGGGUAGUCUUGGACUAACUUGUACUGAUACCAGAAGAUGAACAGCACAAAGGAACAAGGCGAAAUCAAAAAAUGGAAGACGACGCCUGUCGAUCCACUGAGCUCGCAGCGUGGUCAAAUUUUCUCAUGUAUCCAAACGUACCGUGUGUACUUCUCUUAUUUGUUUAUGUAGAUGCUUUUUAAGCCCUUGUCAACACAAUUUAGAUUAUUUAGGAGGCAGGUUAAGGUUUUGACCUUGCCCGUCAGGGCCAAUUUGGACUGAGAUAGUGUAAAUCAGGUUUUCCUUUUUUUCUAGUUUGAGAAAAGAGAGGAACUUCCACGAAAUGACAGCCAUUGUGAGUCACGGUUUAAAAAAAAGGCAAAGUUAAAAAGUAAACCUUCAUCUUAGAUCUAGAUCUACGUGUGUGGAAUGAGCGAAACGCCUGGAAUCAUGUGGUCCGCUUGGACGAUAACUUAAGUUUAAAAAAAACAACAACCUCACCAAGAUGAUAAAACAUGAAAGAGGGUCGAAACAAAAAUUCUACUGGAAAGGGAAAAAAAUGGAUUUAGACAAG